AUGACAGAUAUAUGCAUUAAUGACCAAAAAAGAAAUGAAGGCAGGGAAGGGAACCAACGUGAAGAAAAAGUUAUCUCUAAUCAUGAUCAGGACUCAGAACAGAUCUCAUCCAAUAAGCUGGAAGGUCAGAUUCCCAGCUCAUUUUAUCAGCUUAAGAAUCUUGAAACUCUUUCCUUGUCUCGUAAUCUGCUAAGUGUGCUUUUCAACCCACAUUCUAAGUUACAAAGCAUAUACCUUUAUAAUAACAAGCUGAAAGGAUUUCUCCCAAUUCCACCACCAUCCAUCUUGGAGUAUGACGUGUCAAACAAUGCAUUGGAAGAAAGGAACUGCUUUGGCGGACCCAUUCCGGAUAUAUGGACAAAUGGAUGCCACAUACGGGCGAUGAUGUUGAGUGACAACCUGUUUGAAGGUGAAUUACCAAGAUCAUUAGCAAACUGUACAUGGCUUGAUACUCUUGAUGUGGGUAACAAUCAGAUCAAAGAUACGUUUCCAUUUUGGAUGGCAACUCUUCCUGACUUGAACGUUCUAGUUUUACAAUUCAACAAAUUCAGUGGUGUUAUAAAGGAUCCUGAUCACCAAAAUAAAACAGCAAUAUUCCCGAAGUUGCACAUUGUUGACCUCUCUCACAACUCUUUCUCUGGACCUCUACCUCAUGGCUACAUCCAGAUAUGGGAUGCCAUGAAAGUUUUUGUAGAGGAUGAUAGUAAUUAUUAUGUUAAAAUUACAAUAACUAAUAAAGGCACAGCCAGAGAAUAUUGGGAGAUCCAAAAUUCAUUGAAUUUGUUGGAUCUUUCAAACAACAGGUCACAUCCCAUCAUCUUUGGGGAACUUUCUAAACUAGAAGUUUUGGACCUUGCACAUAACAAGCUAUCAGGAGAGAUUCCUCAACAGCUUACACAGCUCAAUUUCCUUGGAACUUUCAAUGUGGCACAAAAUAACCUGGUAGGGCCUAUACCACAUGGCAAACAAUUUGACACAUUUCUGAAUAGCUCGUAUGAAGGAAACGCAGGUUUGUGUGGGAAGCCAUUGUCAAAGGAAUGUGGGAACUUGAAGGACUCACCACCUCCAUCUUCAAUAGUUGAAGAAGAAGAAGAGAAAGGGCCUGCAUUGGAAUUUGGUUGGAAACCAGUAGUGAUACAGUAUAUUUGUGGGUUAGUCAUUGGGAUUGCGGAGAAAUUUCCUCACAUCUUACAGAGCUUAAUUUUCAGUGUGGCACAUAAUAAUCUCAGGGGGAACUAUAUACCAUAUGGGAAACAAUUUGGCACAUUUCCAAACAGUUCUUUUGAAGGAAACAUAGGAUUGUGUGGGAAUCCAUUGUCAAAUAAGUAUGGAAAUAUGAAGGAGAACUUACUGGCUGAUAUUCCUACUUCAACAGAUGAAGCUGCAGGGUGUGAUUCUAGUGAUGCUUUUUCACAUACUAAGCUCACGUCCGAGAAAACUGAAGGUCACAACACCAGCAAUGACUGUUGCUCGUGGAAUGGCAUGGUUUGCAAUGAGGACACUGGUCAUGUUGUUGGGCCUGACGUCAAUAGCGGCUACCUUUAUGGUCAUAUAAACUCCAACACCAGUCUUUUUCAGCCUUUUUCAUCUUCAAAGGCUUAA